GCAGACCUGACAAGCACAGGAGGAGGGGAGAAGAAGGGCAGAGGAGGUGAAGUGGAGGAGGAAGAAAACACUUUUAGCCCUUUUCCCUCCCGGUUGAUUGUCUUUACAGAUCUGGAGCUGCUGCCUGUACCUCGGUCGCUCCUCCCAAUGCAAUGGCCAACGCUGUGUAGCUAUAGUUUUAUUUCGGGGCCAUAAAAGAGAUCUACUGCACCUUAACCUCAGAGAGAGACAGAGAGACAGAGAGACAGAGAGAGAGAGAGAGAGAGACAGAGAGAGAGAGAGAGAGAGAACACAGACCUGAGCAGCUCUGUUAUUGUUUGUCUCGCCUUUUGGAAAGAAGGUAGGUGAAUCCCACUCGAGGGGAUUUCAGUGUGGAUAACUUCAAGCAGGUGCUAUGGAUCUGCAGAGUGUCCUGUGCUGGAGAGCCGCCCUGCUGCUUCUCUUGAUGCCAUGCGGGUGCCGGUGUGUGUCGGUGCACAUCCUCAACGAGGAGCCGCUGCACGUCAUCCCCGGCUCGGGUCUGGUUCUGAAAGCCAGCAUCCAGCCGGGGCCCCUGGAAAAGGUCUCGUUGGUAACCUGGGAGCGGGAGGCCGAAACCGGAGCUGCUCCCACGACAGAGACGCUGGCCACUUGCCCUGGCGUUGGCUCCAAGUGCUCUGAUACGAAGCCAAAUGUCCGUGUGGACGUGGAGCAGCAGGGGACGACUCUUCAGAUUAAUGGAUACAGCAGAGCGGACAGCGGCGUGUACGCGGUGACUGUGACGGAUCACAGGGGAGCCAAGACCACCGCUCACUGCAUCGUCAGGGAAUACGAGCCCGUGCACCACGUCUCCGUCAGCGUCAACGUGACUCACUCCUCGCUGGUGUGCGGCGAGGCCUGGGGCACGGACCCACACUUCAGCUGGCUCCACGAGCGAGUCGCCAUCAGCACGACAGUCGGAAAAGUCUCCGGAGACGGGUCCAUGUUGUCGGUGACCAUGAGCCCCAUUUGUGGCCACUUCACCUGUAUGGUUAGCAACAAGAUGGGCUACAGUUCAGCCACCUACACUGCAGCACCGUGCGAGACGGAAGGCAGAGGGAUGACGGCGGCUGUCGUGUGCCUCGUUCUCCUGCUGCUGCUCGGAGGAGCGCUGGCACUUCUGCUGUGGCGGUACGGUAACGCACACACAGCGACAGGCACAGACACAAAUCUCAUUUCAGGCUCUGGUCAUAAAGCCAAACACUGAGGGGAAAUAAGAGUCUCGUAGCAAGCUGCAUUUAAAAAAAACAAGUCAGUGUGCAUAAUGAGAACUAGAUGCUGCACAGCCAGAGUCCUCCCACGUGAUCCGUCUGCCGACAACACAACGAGCAUGCUCACUAAAAAGGUUUGUCACCGCUGUGUGAUCUGAGAUUUCACGCGGCUUCUUUUUCAGGCGACGCCGGCACAACAACAGAGGAGACGGCCUGCACGAGCGUUUGGAAGAAACCAUCUGAGAGGAAAAAAGACCCACAGCCUCACUUCCUGUCCUGGGAGCGGUAUGACCUCACACUGCGGUGGAACAAUGUGAAGAGUGAACUGCUCGCUGGGAGAUAAAGACACUAAAUAAAUAUCUGAAACUGGACAUUCAGCUCGACGGGCCAGCAGCGUCGCUACACUUCCUCCUGCUAGGCUGUAUCUGACUCUGUAUUUGAAUAGUGAAAGCACUGAUAAUUUUUGUAUAUCGUCUAUCCUUUGUAUUUAACAUGUACUUGCCUUCAUAAUAAAACCGCUUUUCAAUAUGU